AUGGCCUCCUCUCAAGCCCUCGAGGCCCUCGGCCACGCCAUCUCCGGCUCCUUUGGCACCGCCACGUCCACCGCCGCCCUUGCGCCGCUCGACCUCGUUACGACGCGCCUCAAGGUCCAGCGGCAGCUCGACGACCAUACGCAGUACGCCGGGGUGCUCGACGCCUUCCGCAGCAUCCUGCGCGAAGAGGGUGUUGCGGCAUUCUAUAGUGGCUUGGGAACAGACGUUGCUAAGUCCAUCAUCGAUUCAUUUCUUUUCUUCGGGUUCUACAACCUCCUGCGGCAGCGCAGUGGCCGGGCACCGGGCGUACUGCGGGAGGUAGCGCUCGGCAUGCUCGCUGGCGCCGCGUCCAAGGCGUGCACGGCGCCACUUUCCAACGUCGUAGCGAGACGCCAGAUGACGCCGCCCGGCGACGAAGAGGCGACGCGGUCGGUCGCGCAGACGCUCCGGGACAUGCGCAGGGAGGGCGGCGUGGGGGCGCUCUGGGCGGGUUACUCGGCGACGCUGGUGCUGACGCUGAACCCGAGCGUCACAAUGCUGCUGAAUAGGAGGCUCGCGGAGCGGGUGAUACCCAUGCUGGAGGAGGAGAUGGACGUGCCGGUGGCGUGGGCCGCGUUUCUGCUAGCCGCACUGAGCAAGUCAGCAGCCACGGCGUUGACGUACCCUUUCCAGACAGCUAAGACGAUGCUGCAGAUGCCGAACGCGGGGUCGGACGAGGACGAGGGCCUGGAGAAUAAGGAAAGGGAGAGGAGGCGGAGGAGGCGGAGAACACUAUGGGCCAACAUUAUGGCGGCAUUCGAUAGGACCAUCUUUGGCAUGAUUCUGCGGCUGAUAAGGACGGAAGGGAUAAGGGCACUGUAUGAUGGCAUGGAGGGCGAGCUGCUCAAGGGCUUCUUUAGCCAUGGACUCACGAUGCUAGCCAAGGGCUUCUUCCACCGGUUGGUCAUUCGCGUCUGGAUCAUGUCCCAUGCUCGACGUCCACUCAAGGCCUCAGUUUGA